GUUACAUGCUUUGCAGGCAGCAUCAGUAUGAGUUCAGGAUUUUCAACUAAAGUUCCCGAUUGCGUGGUCAAGGAUUGCUACGAGUAUGAAGGCGUCAUAAUGCCCAACAUCAUGCGCAAGGAUGUGAUAGAUCGUGUCAGGAAGUUUGAGUGUCGACCCGAUGAUCUCUUCAUAGUAACCUAUCCAAAGUCAGGUACAACGUGGGUAGAGAAUCUGUGUAUGUUGAUUAAACAUGACGGAGAUGCCAGUCACCAAGAAGGCGCCCAUCUUAUGAUGAAGGUCCCAUUUCUUGAGUUUGUGCAAGACAUGCUCAACAUUGCCACAUCACCAGCAUUUGUUGAUUUGGCCGAGAAGAUGCCAUCUCCAAGGAUGCUCAAAUCUCACUGUCACUCGCCAUUCCUACCUCCGGGUAUCCGAACUGAUGAUCCGAAAGCAAAGGUGAUUUACAUUGCCAGAAACCCGAAGGAUACGGCUGUCUCCUAUUACCACUUCUGUCGUUUUAUUCCGGGACUUCCGACGUAUGAAUCGUGGGAUGUUUUCUUUGAGGAGUUUCUUGCCAAUAGGGCUCCCCGAGGAUCCUGGUUUGAAAACGUAUUACCAUGGUGGAGGAAGAGAAAUCAUCCUAAUGUUCUCUUUCUCAAGUACGAAGAUAUGAAGAAGGAUCUUACUGGAGCCGUACGACAGAUAGCCGAAUUCAUGGGGAAGUCCCUCUCUGAUGACGUCAUCGCUAAAAUCGCAGAAGCUUCGACGUUCAAAGCAAUGAAGAACAACCCUUCAUCAAACCCAGAUACUCUGAUAAUGGCGGGUUUAGAGCAGGCUGGGAUGGAGAAACCAAAAGACAAAUCAUUUAUGAGAAAAGGUGUGGUAGGAGAUUGGAAGAAUUAUUUCACUGAUGACCAAAAUAAACGAUUUGAUGAACUGUACAAGAAGGAAAUGGCGGGAUCUGGACUUGAAUUCGAAUUUUAAGAUUGCUAUUAGGAAAACAAAUUCAAUCCGUUCCAUAUUCUUGAAUGACAGAACAUAUUCGAGGUAUUAUCGAGAUUUUUUAUUGAAUAAAAUAGCUGCAUGUUGAUAGUCAUUAUGUAUUUUCUAUAACAGUACUUAUUAGUUCCCCCUUCAAAUUACACACAUUAUACUAAGAAAGGAAUAUUAAUAGAGAACAAUGGUAGGCAUAGCUCGAUUAUUUCUUUCACAACAUAUUUAAAUAAAAAUAGUUCCGAAAGCUUAUGUACAUGUAUAAUGUCUCACAUGUUAUGAUAAUAUCAUGUGUAUAUUAUACAUAAUUAUAAUUAUAUAUACCGGUAUAUAUCGGUUUUGUGAAUUUGAUUUCUAAUAUAACAGCUGUAGGUCAGCAUAAGAUUUCUUUCAUUUUUUUUUUCAUUUUGCCGUCCCGCAAAAACCAUGAAUAUUUGCAUUCUUUCAAAUGACAAAAUACUCUGUGAACUGUGAAUACUAUUUAUCGAGAUAUUAAUGCAUGAAGACAGUAAUACCGGAUUAAACAAGUCGUUUGACAGUGCGUAAUUUGAGUCGUGCAGAAAGAUCUUGUAUUUUUGUAUUGGUAAAAUAUUGUUUUAAAAUGUUAAGAUUCAUGGCCUUCUGUGCAUUAAUUGCUUAAUGAGACAUGUUCAAAAGUUAUGUAGACAAUUUCAAAAUGCCCCGCUACCAUUGUCAAUAGAUCAAUAUAAUUUGGCUUACGGCUUUGCGCUCGCAUUAUUCAUUCAAUAAGAUAAACAUGUUAAAAUAUCAACUUAGCAGGUAAAUAAUGUGUUGGUCGUGGGUUCGAAUCCCAGCCAUGGCGUGUUUUCCUUCAGCAAGAAAUUUAUCUACACUGUGCUGCACUCGGUGA